AUGGAAAACCGCCAGCAAGGAAGAGAGGAUUUGGCGGCAGCGAACCGCGAAUUCUGGAACACUCACGGAAACAAGAUAUUUGGCUCACAAUGGAUGCUUAAUUUCGCCAAGAAGAUCGGUGAUGCCCUCUCCGAAAAUGUUGAGUGGAUGGGCAUUCGCCGUCGUUCCGAGAGCGGCCCCCCCGUGAAGCUUCUCGACUAUGCUUGUGGCUACGGUAUGGUAUCAAGCGCGCUCCUAGGACAAUUCGACGUCAUCAAAGGGAUCGACAUCUCCGAUGCCAGUGUGGCGGCCUACAACGAGAUGGCUCAGCAGUCAGGUGUUCCACCAGGCCUCAUGGUUGCCGUCCAGGGCUCAAUACCCGCCAUAUCGACGAACACUGUGCUAGCUACGGAAGAGUUUUUCGACUUCGAUGUAAUCGCAAUAAGCAUGGCCCUCCACCAUAUGGGUGACCAAGCCGGCGUUAUAUCCGGACUCUACGAACGGCUGCGCAGCGGUGGUGUCUUGGUCGUUGUUGACCUGGCUCCAGAGGCUCACGUCCACGAUCAUUCCCACGACCAUGCUCACGGCCACACCGAUUUUUCAUCUCAUCACACAAUUUCUAAGCAUGGGGGAUUUGAGCCUGAAGACAUGAAGGCUCUACUGGCCGAAGCUGGCUUCACUCCUGAAAGCUUUGACUACAAAUUGUAUCCCGACACCAUGCCGCAUGUUUCCAAUGUCCCUCAGCAUGGUACUUGCCUGACAUCCAAGUUUAAGCCAUUUUUCAUUGCCAAGGGGGUAAAGCAAUAG